GACCAAUCCAAUACUCCCGCCACUGCACAAGCGCUGGCCGCCACCAUGCUCAUGUCGUCGCGGCAUGCAACGGAGCGGUACUUAGCACGGACACGCGUGAUGCCUCUCCUUGGCACAUGCAUCAUGUGCUUGUUCGUAGUGUACAUCUGCAUGAUCAGUACAUCGGCCGUCGCCAUGAAGGAUGGCAAGGACGUGUACGAGUCGAUCAGCAAAGACCAAUGGCUCGUUCAAAUCCAGCGCCACCACGACUUCUCGUCGAUUCGCCGUGGCAUCCUCGUAUGUGUGUUCGACGCGAUGAUUCCCAUGGCGGCGUCGUUGGUGCUGGAACUCCGAGCGCUGGGCAACACGGACCUGAUCCAAAUGUAUCACUGCAACGGCGAACUCUCGGCCGCGUCCCACCGCAUCCUGUACAUGCUGGACGCGCGGCUGGAGAUCGUAGACGUGUGCAAAGACUUUGUUGCGUCCGGGCGCCUUCCUGCGGCCAAAGCAAACGACUUCCGCAGCUUCUGGUUGAAGCCACUGGCGCUCGUGCACACGCGGCUCGCGGAAGUGAUCCUUCUGGACGCGGACGACCUCAUGUUCCACGACCCAAGUCAGCUCUGGCAAACUCCGGGGUACAAGGAGACGGGCACAGUGUUCUUCUACGACCGCGAAGUAGCGAAAGCCGAAUACCUUAACAACUGGUCGGUCCACCGAUUCCAGCGCAUGCUCAACCUGCACGUGCUCGUCGACACCUUUGAGUAUGCCCAGUUCCACCUGAUGAAACGCCCAUCCAAAUACCUUGAACGCACGUUAGCCUGGAAUAAGCACUCUGCCCACGAACAAGACUCGUCCAUCGUCGUCGUAAACAAAGGCGCCACGUCAUCCGUCGCCAUGGACGUGCUGUACCAUCUGGUGAUGCACACUCGGUACACGUUGGACUUCUCGUACGGGGACAAGGAGCUCUUUUGGCUCGCCUUUGAGCUCGCCCAAGUCCCGUACUCGUUCUCGCCGUGGGCCAACACUGCCGCCGCCAGCCCCGGCAACAUGGAAAAGCAUCCGGAUACGAUAUGCGGGGGUCUGGCGCAGUGGAUGCCGUUGGCGGAGGCCAAGUCGGUGCUGUUGCAUAUCAAUGGCGGGUACGACGCGUACUACUAGUGGUUUGAAGGGGAGUGAAUGACGUGGGGUAGGUACAUUUUCAACCCGUAUGUCAACCACGACAUGUCGUCGUUACAAGAUCCGGCCGCGCGAGUUGCUGAGCUCGUUGCUGCGAUCCCGACCCACGUGUCUCGGCAACGGAAGCGCUCGAAACCGCUCACGACCCCCGAGGAUGCGGCCAAUCCGGACGGGUUCUGGCCCCAGGAGUGCCUGUACAAGCGCGGGUCGGAAGCCAUGCGACCCCAGGACGUCCGCGCCAUCGAGCGGCGGAUACACAGUGCCAUGCGCAUCGCAAUGAUCCAACAACGGGAACUCGCCCUCGACAAGCUCAAGAAGAAGCAUUGACACACAUCAUUUCGAAUUCUGUAAUGCAAUGGAAAACACAACCCUCUAUUAUUUGUAGUCGG